CGCUGAAGCACACAAUGCACUUCUGUCAAGGGUUGUAUCUCCUAAAUCUUCAUAUCCAAUUUGUUUAAAAAUAUAAUAAGGUCGUUGGAGAAUCGUGCUAUUUUGUGUGUAUUUGAAGACUGUGGUCAGGAUAGAUUUGGUUUGACCGGAAACGUCGGCAAAUAACUUCCCCCUACACAGUGGAUUAUGGUGUGGGCCGCUGACGGAGUUGUUCUGCCGGGGGCUUGGUCGACACCCUCAUCAAUGGAACUCAAGACCGAGGCUUCAGUAGGGCCUUGAAUAAUUUCGUCUUUAAUGGUGGUGAUGCGAAAACAAAUUCGUGUAGGAAGAGACACAUCGAUAACACACGGAUGGUGGGUGGCCAAACAGUCGCCAUAUAACGUCAGUCUUGGUGUAAACAAAACAAAAAAAGUGGAUUAGUUAGCCAGGUAGAUCUUUCUUUUACGAUAAUUCAACCAUUCGUAUCGGGCCCAUCGUCAGGCUGGAAAAAGAAUGUUAGCUAGCUUUACUCCCAGCUGUUGAAGGGUAGUUAUGAAUUUUGUGCAAAUCAAUACUUCAGACGGUUUUUAAAUAAUGCGUUUUACUCUAGUAACGUUGCCUACUCCGUGAUAACUAGUUACAUUGAGUUUUACAAUAAAGUGGCUAACUAAUUAGCUACCUAAUGCUAGCAUAAUAAAGCACUUGAAUAAAUGGUAGCUAGGUAGCAUUAGCCUAAGUAGCAGCUAGUAAGUGAACAUAAUUCUCAUGUAUUGCUAAAGUUAGCUUGCUAAUUAGCUACAAAAACAGUUAACUGUCUAGCUGCUUGGAAUAACAGUAAUUGUGUGGCUGCGCUAAAUGAGUUAGCUAAACAGUUAUAUCUAUGCAACACAUUAUAUCUUACUCUGGUGAUUUGCCGUUGCAGGUAGCUAUCUAGCGAGCUAUCGUCCAUUUAGCUAGUUAGCAGUUAAGCUAUCAUUAGCUAAUGAGCGAUUUUAGCUAGCUCAUUUGUCAGCUCGUGCCGAAAUUUUAAUGGGAACGAGAUGGGUGUGCUUUACGUUUCAGUAUUACAUCAGUAAAUGUAACAUUGCUAUAAAAUACACGUUUUUGGUGAAUAACAGUUAACUACGUAAGUUGGCUAGCUAGAGUUAGUGAUUUUGUUUACAUACGCAUAUUUGGUUUUUGGCUUGCCAGCUAGCUUUGGAGACAGAAUCAGCCAUGUCUUGACAAUAGCUUCUUGGGGUUACUCCUGCUGAACAGUAAUACCACCAAUUCUGGAAAUAAAGAUAGCAUCUUUGUGCAUUGACAUGACAGUCAAAGUUCGCCGAGAGAAAGGCACAGAUGCCAUCCUGUCCGAAAAAGACGCUAAAUAAUAACUACUAUUAACGCCAUUUUAAACAGGGGCUCCGUUGUGGGCCUGUGUCUUGGUGUUUCGCUUUGGGCUAAGGAAAGUGCCACCGUGCCGGAUUUUUACAAGUGCCUUUGGUCAGACUGGGACUGGUGCUGUUUGUAUUGACAUGGAAGGCCCGAUUCGAAGUAGUGGGUUCAGACAGAGCCGACGCUCCCGUUCUCAACGAGACAGAGAGCGGUGCAGGAGAAGAGUAGACCUCGCUGAGCAGCGGGCCACAUCUCCCUCAUCGGGCUCGGAAAAGGAACUUUGUGGGUCAGGAUCUGUCCUCGGUCCUGGAGGUAGAGAAUGUCGAACCGGUUUCGCCGGCCCCAGACACAGGCCUCCUCGGCGGAGGAAGCGAGUGUCGGUGUCCUGCGAGGAGGACAUCAUCGAUGGCUUCUCAAUUGCCAGCUUCAUCAGCUUUGAGGCCCUGGAGGUAAGUGUAUUUCCUUAUGUGAGCACAAUCUUACCCAUAACACAAUACUCAGAAAUGAUGGACUUCAAUGUAAAUAACAUUUGGUCCUGGAAUAAAUCGGACUAACACACAUCAACAAUUUUUGGAGGCACCCAUAGGUCUCCACAGAAGUGGAUUGUCCGCUAUCUCUUUGUCUUUACUUGGACACUAGUCUCACCUUGGAACUAGUUUGGUUAACAUCCCUUCACACCUCCAGGUGUGAAUCAGUUGUGGUUUGAACUUCUUACAAUUCAGUUCAUUUACACUUUGAACAAUUAGGAGAAGCAAUCCAAUCAACAACCACAAUGAAGGCCAUCAAAUACAAUGAUCUUCACUGAUGUGUCUUAACAACCUUAAUUAUUUGUGUACACCAAGCACCCUAUGUUGAUACAAAUAGCCUAGGCUAUGUUAAGGUUUAGGAAUCGGCUUGACAUUAUACCAACAAUGACUAGUCUCUGUAUAAAAUCGAGCACACAGCCAUGCAAUCUCCAUAGACCAACAUUGGCAGUAGAAUGGCCUUACUGAACAGCUCAGUGACUUUCAAUGUGGCACCAUCAUAGGAUGCCACCUUUCCAACAUGUCAGUUUGUGAAAUUUCUGCCCUGCUAGAGCUGCCCAGUCAACUGUAAGUGCUGUUAUUGUGAAGUGGAAACAUCUAGGAGCAACAACGGCUCAGCUGCAAAGUGGUAGGCCACACAAGCGCACAGAACGUAACCGCGAGUGCUGAAAAAUCGUCUGUCCUCAGUUGCAACACUCACUACAGAGUUCCAAACUGCCUCUGGAAGCAACGUCAGCACAAUAACUUUUCGUUGGGAGCUUCAUGAAAUGGGUUUCCAUGGCCGAGCAGCCGCACACAAGCCUAAGAUAACCAUGCACAAUGCCAAGCGUCGGCUGGAGUGGUGUAAAGCUCGCCGCCAUUGGACUCUGGAGCAGUGGAAACGGGUUCUCCGGAGCGAUUAAUCAUGCUUCACCAUCUGGCAGUCCAACGGAAGAAUCUGGGUUUGGCGGAUGCCAAGAGAACGCUACCUUCCCCAAAGCAUAGUGCCAAUUGUAAAGUUUGGUGGAGGAAUAAUGGUCUGGGGCUUUUUUUCAUGGUUCGGGCUAGGCCCCUUAGUUCCAGUGAAGGGACAUCUUAAUGCUACGGCAUACAAUGACAUUCUAGACGAUUCUGUGCUUCCAACUUUGUGGCAACAGUUUGGGGAAGGCCCUUUCCUGUUUCAGCAUGACAAUGCCCCCGUGCACAAAGCGAGGUCCAUACAGAAAUGGUUUGUCGAGAUCGGUGUGGAAGAACUUGACUGGCCUGCACCGAUUCCUGACCUCAACCCCAUCGAACACCUUUGGGAUGAAUUGGAACGCCGACUGUGAGCCAGACCUAAUUGCCCAACAUCAGUGCCCGACCUCACUAAUGCUCUUGUGGCUGAAUGGAAGCAAGUCCUGACGCAAUGUACCAACAUCUAGUAGAAAGACUUCCCAAAAGAGUGGAGGCUGUUAUAGCAGCAAAGGGGGGACCAACUCCAUAUUAAUGCCCAUGAUUUUGGAUGAGAUGUUCGACGAGCAGGUGUCCACAUACUUUUGGUCAUGUCGUGUAGCAUGCUCUGGGGGAAGUUGAAUGGCACCAAUCCAGUAUCCAUGCACUGACCCAUACUUUAGACAAAACCUCAAAAUCUGAGUUGCUAAAACAUGCAAUAUCAUUUUAACCAGUCUGAAAUCGUGUCCGGGCAAGUCAUCACUGACUGCUAUUAAUUUCCCCCAAAAAAUUAUUCUCACAGUCGAGGCUUCCUCCUUUUGUUUUUUGGCCAAUUAAAUGUUGGUGGCAAGAAGGUCCUUGUUGGCAGUCAAGGCAGAACACGAGCUGCUUUAAACCAGUGCAAAAUUCAGGCAAAUACUAGGAAGUCAAUCAACGCGUUUGACAUUGUUUCAGUAAACCUAACAGUUUUGUACCUCUUGUUUAACACUGAGAUGUAUCUUCUCUCAAGAUGGACUGCUCCAUGAAGCCUACCCAACGUGCCGCCAUGCUCAUGGGAAGGGGGAGGAAGAGGAAGAGGGGCCCGAAGCAGAAUGGCAGAGGGGCCCUCUCAGAGCCCGAGGAAGGGGCCCUACCCAGCUUCUCCCGCAGCUGUUGGAAUAGGAAUAGAAAAAAGAGAAGAAAGACUGAGGUGAAGGUAAGCUGCAUGAGACACCGGCGGAAUGGUUGUCAUCUCACAUUUGGGUUUAAAAGUCACUCAUUUAAGCACUGUAUUUGCAUGUCUGGUCUAAAUGCUAUUGUGACCUGUUUGUCAUGUUUUUGGAAACUAGCUGGUCUGUCCAUCUCAAAUAUUCAGACUGAAGUUAUAAACUUGUAAUAGCCUACAGGCCUAGUAAGAGCACUGGCUGAGUAACACUUAAUAGUGACACCUUUUAGCACCGUGUCGGCCUAGCUUUUGAUGAAACGAUGGGGAUUUAUUAACUCAAGGUCAGACAGACUUUAAGAUUAUUUCAAGUUGCUAAAUACCCUGCCGAUGGGUAAACUAUAUCUGGAGUACAACUGCUCAUUGACAAUGGAUUUUCAGGUGUUAUGCAUCCCAACCUAGCGAACAGUUAGCCUACACAGUAUAAUUAGAACAUUCAAGGGUGUUUAAUACUGAAAUAGUCAUAUCCAAAGAAUGUGAAAGCAAGAAUAGCAACUCAAUAAACCCAUCUACAACGUUGAAGCCAAGCGCCCUCCUCAAAACGACAAGGCUGAGAGUUGCGGAAGAAGUACAACGUGAUUCUGGAAGACUCAGGAUACAGAUCAUGGCUAACCUGUGAUGUCCCACCUGCUCUGCCUAAGGCUUGGGCCAACAUUUAUGUUGAAGGUGAAUACCAUCAAUUUUCCAUAUUAACUGUUAUCAUUUUUUUAGGUUGGGGGCAUCCUCUUCUUGGAGACAGGCUACAUCGUAAGUUUCUUUAUACUUCUAUUUAUACAGUACGUAAGCUGUCCAUAGAAUACAGCUGCGGUUUUAUGAACGUUGUGGUACACCUAAAUGUAGCUUUUUUGUAUGUUCUCUUUUAGUGUGACACAGAGAGCGAGUCAGCAGAUAAGGUGGGCACUGCUUGAAUCAAACCACAUAAAAUUAAGAUUCAUUUGGGAGGAGCACUAUUGUUCCUGCUUAUGAUUAGGUUUAGAUUGACCUAUUGCGUUUUCCUCUCAUCUCAUCCCCUUAGGCCUCUGACAAUGACAUGGAGCCAAUGUUCACUGUCAGCACCAGGAAAGGUAAAAUGCUGUUCUCGCAUUCCCAUAGCUGUAUGCCUUUGCUUUAUAAAUAUGCUCUUGUCAUUUGGUGACUUUGUUUUCAGUAUGCACUCAUUGUUUAAUUUUUUUUGUGACCAACCUUUUAUUCAGUUGUCGUUUAUAUUUUUUCAGAGGGGGGUUAAAGGUACAAAAACAAUCAAAUAAGUGCAUACGAAGAUAACCCAUUCCACCCCUCAGUCCCCAUCCACCUGUCCGUAUCCCCCCCACCCACCACCACAUCCCGACCCGAAGAAAGCAUGCCCCCCCCCCCCACCCCUUACAUCCCACCCAGCAACAGAGGUUGCUUAUCAUUCCCCCGUACCACCCCUUAACCGUGGGCCUGAAAGCAAAGAAAGUAACAAGUCUAUAUAAAUAAAUAAAUAUAAUUGUGUUGGGCUUUAGCUGAGAUUGUUCUUUAGAGUCAAGUAUAUUUGUCCAGGCCUCAAUUGUUCCUUGACUAUUACCAUUAGUUCUCGCUGUUGAUAAUUCUGUAAUAACUUCUAAUAGUAACUGUGUCCGCUGGUUAAAUGGGAGAGAGUGAGGUGGUUGCCAUCUAAGAGCCAACAUCUUUUUUUGCAGCAGUGCUGUCUUCCAGCAGGAUUCUUCUCUGAUUGAGAGAUUCAAUGAACUAUCAUUGUUAAGUAACAUAAUAGAUGGAAAGCAUUGAAUAUUUAAAUUCAUGCACUUCUAAAAUUAAUUUAGUAACUUUGCCUCAGAAGCUUUUAACUGUACGGCACUCCCACAUCAUAUGAAGGAAUGUGCCUACCUGAUUUAGGGGACACACUGAACAGUUGGGAGUUGGGGCUAAUUUUAUCGUAAAACGUUUCCUUGGUGUUAAAUACAGUCUGUGAAAAAACACAAUGUAUAGUUGGUGGUUCGGAUUACGGGAUGCCAAGUUAAUGUUUUUCCAUAUGCUGUUCCAGUUAAAGGGUGGUUCAGAUUCAAUUAGAUCUGUGGACCAUACCUUUUAAAGGCUAACUCAGAAUAUGAUCUUUCCAAAAGGUGUUUAUAUAUUAUAGAGAUCAGUCUUUUCGGGAUGCCAGAUAAUUGAUUUAUAAAUCCCAUUAUUGGAUGUUUCGGUAGGUGGGUUUCCCAAGAGACUCCAUAGGCCAGCAUCGCUGACCUAAAUUGUAAAUAGAGAAAAAAGGAGUUGCCUAGUAAUGUUGAUGUAUCUUUCAAAUCUUGGAAUGUUCUCAAACCAUUACUGUCCAUGACAUAGGUAAGGGUACGGAUUCCACAUUUGGACCAUUGGUGUGAUACAAAGUAUGCACUCAUUUGAAGAUAUGCAGUGUCCUUUCUUCUCCGUUUUGGUUCAAAUGCAGUUCUUUCUCGCCCUUUAGUUAUGGAGCCUAUCCCUGUGAGCGUUGCCUCUAUGGGAAAAGGCUGCCCUCUACUACCAGUACCAGGCCGCUGUGGCCUCUCCCGGCUGGCGGUCACCCCACGUGUCUCUGGCCUGGAGCGCAGCCAGGAGAGGAGCCUGGAGCCGCCUUACCCCGAGCCCUUGUCUACCUCCUCCUGCCUACCGUCCCUCUCACCGGCAACGGUCUCACGACCUGGCCAGCUCAACGGCAGCAGCAACGGCCUUCACCGCCCCCACCACGACCCCAGCCUGCCGCGCUCCAAACACAAGCUCUUCCUCACCUUCCCCGGGCGACACCCAUCCAUCUACAGUAUGGGCAUCAACAACAGGUCAGUCACUGGCACUACCAGGUCUGCCUAGCAGUCAGCACUAUUACUACUGCAGUAAAAACGACUACUUCCACUACUACAACUUUUAGACAGCUGAAGCAAGCACACACAUUUUCUUCAGGAAAUGUACCUUUUCUAGUCUAAACUUGUUUUCACUCUCCUUAGGAACGGUACCUCAGUCAAGCCCUCAUCCUCUUCUGCUGCUUCUUCAUUGUCGUCUAUGCGACCCCCAACUCCCUCUACCGGUAUGUCGAUGUCCCUCAUGAGAGUACCAGGGUCGUCAGGAUCUCUAUGCCCCCCUUCACGUGCCGGCUCUGGUGACCUGUUCACCUCCCCUGGGCUUCCCCCUCCACCUCCUCUCCUCACGUCCCACUCAGGAGCAGGUACUGUACAGUUGGCACCAAUAUGUAGUGCUAUUCACCUUUAUUUUCAACCAUAAUUGCAAAUGUUUGUUUUUUAUUUACCAAUCAGGUCUGCUAUUAGCUUCAUUUGGGUACUUGGACAGCUUACUGUCACGGUGUUGUAAAAUGAGUUAUUUGUGCUCAUUUAAUAAUAAUAACUCCAUUCUGCUCUGUCUGUUCCCCUACUACAGACCAGGACCUGCUGCGCCAGGGCCUGAACUCUCACUUCCUGGCCUCGCAGGACCGCGAGGGCCGCCGCAGCGUCCCUGGGGCUGAGACUAACGGUGGCGGGCCAGGCCGCUCUACUCCUGGAGGUCCGUCGGGGGCCAGCUCCAGUUCGGGCUCCUCAGGCCGCUCCUCCCAGGCCAGCAUCCAGCCCCUGGCCUUCCAAUUCCACCAGCACAACCACCAGCACCAGCACCAGCACACACAUACACACCAACACUUCACCCCCUUCUUGCACCCCAACGCCUCCGCAACACCGCCUCAGCACCUGGUAAGAGAUGACAUGCUACCCUGUCACAUUGGGUUUCAUAGAGCAGCUUCUGCCUUGAAAUGCCAGUGUUGGCAUGUAACUUACCACUUUUUGUAUUCGUCUUUUAGUUUGAAAAAUAUGGCAAGCUGGAGGGGCUCUACAGAAAUACUGUGAGUUUAUGUUUACAUGCUCCAGAAUUGGCGUAUUUGUUUAUACAUUUCUGAGGUGGUUGUUGAGAUGAACGUGGUAGGGGUCUGGGGAGUGUCGUUUUAACCAGCCUGUGUGUGUGUGUGUGUGUGUGUGUGUGUGGCUGAUGUAGUUCUUCCCACAGUACCCUGCUCCCCCAGUGCCAGGCAUCCAGCCUGUGCUUCCUCCCACUGGGCCCUUCAGCUCUCUGCAAGGAGCCUUCCAGCCUAAGGUGAGUGGAGUUUAGCUACAUUUCACUGAUAGAUUGUCCCUAAACAAGUCAAUGGAUGAUGAUCUGUGGUGGUGUAGUGUCUAGAUGACGAAGCGUUUGCUGUGUUUUGAUACAGCCUCUUGCCCCCCAGAGAACGAGUCCUGAGAUGACAGCUCGACUGGGGGUUGUGCCUCACCACCUGCAGUCCAAAGACCCCAGGGUAAGAUGCUCAGUAUGACUAUAGAAUAUAUGAUGGCAAUGGUUACAACUGAAGCUUGUAGUAUAGGAUUGAGCUGGUAUUGAUAGACGAUACACGUGCCUAAUAAAGGCAUUAUGUGCAAAGACUUGGGCCUAGUAGUCAGUGCAGGAAAGAGUGGAAAACAAUUAGCAAAUAGUUGGAUAAAGGGUGGAACAUAUUAAAGGUCCAGUGCAGUCAAAAACAGGAUUUUCCUGUGUUUUAUAUAUAUUUCCACACUGAGGUUGGAAUAAUACUAUGACAUUGUGAAAAUUAUGAUAAUGCCCUUUUAGUGUAAGAGCUGUUUUGAAAAGACUGCCUGAAAUUUCAGCCUGUUUUGGUGGGAUGGCGUUUUGGCCUUUCAUGGUGACAUCACCAUGCGGUAAAUUAGUUAAUAGACCAAUUAGAAAGAGUUCCAAACCUCUUAUAAUGACAGCUAAUUGUCUGUUUUCCCCUCCCCACUCAAACCACUCCCAGACAGUCCUAGCAAAAUUCUUGCUUGAGAAAUUGCUCUUUGCUAAGAAGCUAUUUUUGUUUAUUUUUGACCAGUUUAAUUUAAAACAAUCACAGUAAGGUACUUAAUUGUUACCCAGAAAUGAUUUGAUAUUGUUAUAAUAAUGGCUGCAUUGGGCCUUUAACAAACAUGGUUUACUAUUCUUUUUUUUAGCUAACUGAUCCAUUUUGGACAUCGUUGAAAGUCAGUAAUGUAAGCAAAGUCGGAUGCUUUAUCAACCCUUGAAUGCUUCAUUUUUAAAAGGGUUAUGAUACUGUCACUGUACUGUUGGUUUUCCUACUAACUCUUGGUCAGAUUUAAAACUAUUCGACUAAACGCCCUUGCACACCAAGUCUGAUUUCUUCUAUGACUUUUGGCACACCUACUGUGAAACUCUGCAACUUUCCGUCAUUACUCAUUUUGGAAUCAGAAGGAUUUUGAUCAUGUGUUUUUUUUUUUGUCCAGGAAAAAUAAACUGACCCAUAAUUGUUUAUUAAUGAUGUUUGCCUAACUAAACUGUACCUCAACUGUACCUUUUCCCCCAUACUCAUGUUUAUGCUGUGCCAGAACAUUUCAUACGGCAGACAUUAACACCAUCGCAUCUGACUCUGUGUGCAAAGGGCUUAAAUCUUAAUGCAAGCUAAACAGGAUCACAGAUUCAAUCAUGUGUUUUUGAAUACACAGAAACCAGGGAAGUGGUGUGCUAUGCAUGUACGGGUAGCGUGGAUGAUUCUGAGCCAUCAGAAGAAGGUGAAGGUAAUGACUUGUGAAAUGUUUCACACUUUUUAUUAGACUUCAAUCUGAUCCAAUCUGUAGUAGAAAGUAUUUCGAGGUAAUUCGACCACUGAAGCAACUCAAACAUUCUUAUCAGAUGUGAUCAAAUCAAUAAAAAAUCGUACCGAUAUUGGUUUAGUUGUCCAUGUUUAUUGAAAAAGUUAUUUGCAGUUGUGCGUGCUGAUAUGGAAACAAUAUUCUAAUCAGCUCCUAUUUAUAUGUAUUAUUUUGUAUAUGUUAUCUGUAAAUAGUUCACUAAAUUUUUCUGCAUCAUACUGGCUGCCGGCUUGUUUUCUUUCUUGGAUUACCUGCUAUUUAGGCGCCCUCAUCUCACUUUAACAAUGCUAUGGCCAUUGCAUUGACUGAGCACCACUCUCCUCUUUCUCAGCUGAUGCAUGCAGAUCCUCACAAGCUGGACUUCCGUAACGAGCUGCUGGCUCGUCUUCCAGGGGCCGGGGGUCUGGGCCCUCUGGGGCCCCUCGGAGGUGGCCUCCCCUCUGCCCACGACCUGAACCGACCUGCCAACCUCUUCACAGCUGCUGGUGGGUGCUUUUUCUUUGUCUAGCCAGAUAUGUUUGAAGAAAAGGGGCUGCAAUUGUUUGCACCAUAGAGAGAGAACUAUGGGCUUUUUGAAAACCUCAGGCAAAGAGGAAAGAUUCCUUGACAUUGCAAAUAGUUAGUCAGUAGUUUUAUAAUUUUUUUAUUAUCGAUAGUAGAUUUAUCAAAUGUUCUAUCUGAUAUGUGCAAUGUUUAAAGGUCAUGAACAGUCAAUCAUGUUUUUCAUGAAAUGGGAUGAUGGAAAAUGACUGUUGCUUCUACCUUGAUAAAGUUUUAUCAUAAAGUUACGGGUUCCAUCCCCCAUGUCAAACACUUGGAUUCAUUAUUAAGGGGACAUCAGCUGAACUCUCAUUUUAAUACACCAAUGGUAACAUGAUAUUCUCGUACCUCAUUUAAAUAAGUACUGCCCUGUAACCAACAUCGGAGAAGGCGUGUUUACAGAGGGACGUGGUUUAUAUAGCUAGAAAGCUACUCUACUGGUGCCAAAAUUUCACUGUAGGGUGCUAGCAAAUAUAAUUAAAAGUUUACCCUAUUCAUCUAUGGCAAAGAUGCCUAUAUGUUUCCCCUUACAUCUGUGUCUGGUGUUAGCUAGUUACUGGCUAGCUAGGUCUUCAGGUAGCAUGGAACAAAGGGGGGGGGGGUGAAGGAUUGUUUAAAAUGCAGACGCAGUUGUCAACACAUCGUCAGUACUGCUGUGACAAGAGACAUGCCAAACGGGAGAUGUUUAAAAAUAUAUAAUUGAUGCGAUUUCAAUGUUUAGUUGCUUUGUGUUCACCAAAUUUGCUUGAUGAUUUUACUGCAAAACUGCUCACUGCAUCCAAGUUGUUUGACAUGGGCGUUUCAAAGAGCUGUCAGUCAAGGUGAGCUCAUUAAUAUAAGCUCCCCGCCCACUCAGCCUGUCUUUUCAAACUUCUUAGUAGUUAGCUACGAGAGAGAAAGUACUUUUCAGAAUGACUGUUCAGGGCCUUUAAAGUAUUAUGUAGAGGUGUGCAUAUUAUUUGUAAUUUUGGUGUGUCCUUUUUCCCUCAGGUGGAGUCAAUCCAUCCUCAUCUCCUUUCAUCCCUCCAUCAACGCCCCACUCCUCUUUCCUCACUCCAACAGCACACUUAGGUAAGAGACUGUUUCAAAGGGCGCAUCAGUGCCACUUGCACCCUCGGUAAACAGUUCUCAUUUUGAUUCACCCUCUCAAGAAACUGCUUAGAUUUGCAUAUUCGCAGGUCACUGAAACACCUUAUUAGGCUAGAUAUUCAAUUAAAGCAUAGUACCUUUACAGCAUGCAACUCUAAUGUGCUCCAGUGAGUCUGAACACUAGUAGUGAAUAUUGCCAGGGGUCUAAUGCUGUAAGGUUUGUGUCCGCAUCAGUCCUGAUGUUUAUGUGCAUAUGUGUUGCAGACCCGUACGGCCGCUCACCUCCCUUCGCCCCUCUCGGAGCCCUGGGCUCUGGUGCCUUCGGGGGACUGGGGAGCCCUACGCUGGGUGAGUCACCAUUUCUCUUCCUCAAAAAGAAACCAUUGUUUAUGUCCUUACUCCUUGGAUAAUAAUAUGUGCAGUCUACUAAAAUGACGUUAUUCCAAUGUCUUUCCGUCUCCAGCUAACAGCUCAGUGUUUGGCCACAAGGAGCCUCCUGCAGUCGGGGGCUUACCCGACCCUCAUGACCAAUGGAACCGUCUGCACGGUGGGCCUCCCCCCUUCGCCGGCCCCAGCUGGGCCAAGGGGGGUGAGAAGAGGGACGAUCGGGACCCGGGGAAGGACAUGGAGAGGAGAGAUAUUAUUCACAUCAAAGACGAGAAAGACAGGUGAGACAACAGACGCCCGCCCUCUAACAUAUUUUUUUCGACCUAGUUCCUAAAUAUGCUUGAACUUAUCUUUCUAUAGUAGUUUUCUGUCUGAUUCAGUUCACAUUACUCAACACAUUUAAUACUGUUUUUGAUUUGAGUGCUUAAUUGGUAUCUCUCCCCACAACCACUGAUCAACUUCUAUCCUCAAUUUCUUUUUCAGAGACAAUAUGCUGUAUGGUCGUCAACCUGUGCGGAUGUCUCCGGUCGCCCCGUCCCUCAAGCUCCAGCAGCAUCGUAGCAGCACCCCUGUCUCCCACAUCAACGGACACGGGGGCCCCCUGGGAGGCCCCAGCGGUCUCACUGAGGAUCUGACACGCAGCCACAGCAGGGACCGAGAGAGGGACAGAGACGGGGACAAGAGACCGCUCCCCUCCGUCUCCUCCAGGCCACCUCCACUAGGCCCUUCAUCCUCAGCGGCUGCAGCAGACAGAGACAGGCCUCGCUCCUCUUCUUCCUCUGUGCUGACGACUCCCCCGCCCUCGGGACCCGGCGCCCCCUCGCCCUUAGAUCUGUACCCCCGUCAGCAGCCCCCAGCGCAGCACGGCCUACAGAACGAACUCUCCCACACCUCACAGAGAGAGGGUGGCCCCCCUGCCUUAUCCUCAGCCAUGGUCACCUCUCUGUCCCAGGGCAAGAAGCCUGACCGAACCACCACCCCAUUGCCCAAGCCUCCCCCCCUCUUCCCCCCAGUCAAGGUCAAGGAGGAGCGGAAGGAGGAACCGGAGCCCGUGCCAAUCUCCCUGCCUCCUCCCCUGCCCCCCAGCCACAACUACGAUCGGCCCAACAGCCGCCCUCACCACCACCGCUCUGCCACCCCCUCCUCUUCUCUCUCUCUGACUCCCACGCCUGGGGUGCCCCUGCCUCCUCCCAACCCGCACAACCCUCACCAUCACCUCUCCAUCCUGGAGCGCUCCCGAGCGCAGGCUGCCAUUGAGGCCUACCUGGGGAGUACACAAGGGGCUGGGGGGAUAGUAGUGGGUCCAGGGGGAGAGAGGUUCUCCACCCACCCCCAUGGCCAGCCCCAGGGGCACGGCCAGCACCCUCACAGCUUCCCAUGGGACCCAUGGAGGGAGCUGGCCGCCCAACAGCAGCAGCAGCAGCAACGCCGAGAGGCCAUGGCCCUGCGGUCGGACCCCCACCUGGCGCUGCGCUCCGACCCCCACCUGGCCCGGCUGCUCCAGAACCAGCACGCCCAGCGCUUCAUGGAGGCCGAGAGGGCGGCGGCAAUGGCAGCAGCGGUGGCUGCCAACAACCCUCACCACCACCCUCCUACCUCGUCUGCCUCCUCGGCCCGCCAGGAGUUUGGCCUGAUGGCCCACAACUUCGACCGCCCUCCCCAGCUGGGUCCCCAAGGUGGCGGGCUCAUGGAUGAGCAGCAGCGUGCCCAGAUCCUGAGGGAAGACUUUGAGAGGGCACGCUACUUCGGGAUGCAUUCUCACCCGCACCUCUCGGGCUCCCACCUCCCACCGGGUUCUCACUCUGCCCACCUGGAGCAGCUGCACGCUGGGAUGCUCUCCCACUCACACCUCCAUCAGCCUGGAGCCUCCACCCCAUCGCCCCACCACCCUGGCCUCUACUCCCGCCUGGGGCCUCUACACGCGCACCAUGUGCCCAAUGGCAUCCUGGCCAAGACCCCUGCUGGCCUGGUGGGGGCACUGUCCGUAGGAGCCCCCCCUCCGCUCAUUCCAUCUGUGACCAGCAGGUCUUCCACCCCGACCCGCAGACUGGGUGGGCCCGGGGACUUGGCUAUGUACUCUCACAAAGACGGCGAGUCCAGAUAG